UAUUUAUUGAUUUGCAUCAUUUUUGUGUCCAAAGUACUAUACUGUACAAGGGUUUUGAUUCGUAUCCAAAAGAAGAUUUAAUUAAUAAGAGAAAAUAACUUUGAUAUUUUAUUCCUUAUGGAUUUUGAUAGCCCGGACGUGGAAAAAGAUUUUCCGGGAUUGUACGCUUCUGAUGGCAGCGGCAAAUUAGCUGAAACCGAAGCAGAAAAGGUGAGCAAAAAAGAGCUUCUGAUUGGACGUAGAAAGGAUAAAAAAGAGAAAAAAAGUGCCUACGCAACAUUGGAAGGCGAAAGUUCACCAGAAGAGGAAUUGGAAACAAAGAGCCCUUCGAAAUCAAAGAAAUCGAAAGCUUUCAAGUUUCCCUCGAAGAGUAAGGAAAAAAGGGAGAAGUCUCGCGACAAAGAGAAACCGGAAUCAAGCAAAGUAGAAGAUUCCAAACUACCAGAGAAGGUCGAGAAAGAGAAAGACAAAGAGAAGAAGAAAGACAAAGACAAGAAAGAUAAGGAUAAGAAAGAUAAAUCCAAAGAUAAAAAAGACAAAAAAUUGAAACAAACCAGCGUAAGCGAGGAAGUUUUGGAGCUGGGAGAUGCACAACCUAUUUUCGGCGUUUCGUUAGGAUUGGCUGUUGAGCGCAGCAGAUGCCAUGACACCGUAAAUCUUCCGCUAGUGGUUCGUGAUUGCAUUGACUAUUUGCAGGAACAUGGUUUACAAAGCGAUCAAAUCUAUAAAGUCGAAGCCGUUAAAACUAAACUCCAACAGUUGAAAAAGGCUUAUAAUAAUCGAGAAGGUAGUUGUAUCAAAGAGUUUGAUAUACCUACCGCUUGCGGUUUGCUGAAGUUAUUCCUUCGUGAAUUGCCGGAACCAAUUUUGACUACGGAUCUGUCGACACGAUUUGAGGAGGCCGCCUCACAUUCCCAGGUAACUCAACAGGAACAUGAAUUGGUUAGUUUGGUUGAACAGCUGCCCAGUUGUAAUAGGACAUUGCUGGCCUGGACCAUUCUUCAUAUAGAUGCUGUUACACAAAAUGAGCUCCACACAAAGAUGAACGCACAGAAUAUUGCAAUGCUACUUAGCCCUACGCUGCAAAUGUCUCACAGAUUGUUUGUUGGAAUACUCUGUCAUUGCAACCAUUUAUUCGGCGAUACGAAGCUGUUGAAGUAUGUGCCUCCAAUUACCGCAUCGAGUCCAAAUCUUCCCGAAACACCGGAUGAAAUUUCCGCUGAAUUGAAGAAACAAGAAAGUUUAUUGGCACAAAUACAUGCGGAAAUGAAUGCCGGGUUUGUAACGAAGAAACGCGAGGAACAGCUGUGGGAAGUACAACGAAUAAUUACACAACUCAAGCGAAAACUAAGGUCGUUUGAAAAGAAAUCGGACUGCACGCAGAAAAGUUUGGACGACACAGUGGAUGGAGAUAUCUCGAUCGAUUUGAAUAAGGCAAAGUUAUCCUGCUCGGAUGAUGAGUCUUCAAUCAAAACGGUCACGGGGGUAUCCACGGAAUCGGCCACGAAUACAGAUGCGAAGAAUACUCCUCAAGAAACACCGGAGGAUGUUGCUCUAAUUGAGCAGAGAAUUGGUGGAAUUGAGUCUCCUGUCCAAGUGACGAUUCAGGACCAGCCGGUGACUCGUAGCACAGAUAGUUCAGAACAACCGAUCAUAAGUGACCAAGUUACUGUUUCCGACAAUGGGUUUAUGUUGCUCCCAGAAAAUCAUCCCGAUUAUCUAGCGCUGAUUAGGUUGCAGCUAGAAAAUCAAGAGUUAUUGAAUUGGAAGGCUCAACUGCAGGCUCGUAUCAAUGCAGAACGGGCCGAGAUUGUGCGCAUGAAGCGUUUGUUGGUUUCUGACAACGUUAUUACCUAUGGUCCAAGUAGUUUAGAUUGUGUCGUUAGCGACAAUGAGGACUACGAUCGUUUGGUUGCGCAUUAUGCGAAAGAAAAUGCACUUUUAGAGCAGAAACGACAGAUUCUUUCAAAAGAAAUUUUCGAAGAGAAUAAAGCAUUAAUUCAGAUGCAGGUGGAUUUGGCAUUGAAUCGUUACAAGAUAUAAAACGUCCCCGUGAAUUAGGACAUAGCAUACAAUGCUAUUACGUACAAUCUCUCUACUUAUUGUGUGAUUCGCACUGGAAUGUCUAUGUAUUCAAUAAAUGUGUUAUUUAUCGAUCCUA